AUGCCUUCGCCGCGACCUUCCCAAACGAAGCGGACCUCUCGUUACCCGAUAUUGCUGGACUGGGGGGGUGGUCUGGGUGCCUCGUUAUCCCAGCACGCUAGUAACCUGAAUGCAGCCGAUUUGCAACAAUCUCUCUUCCCACCUGCGACCAGUAUUCCCAAUGAGCCUGCAGAUACCAUUCCUAAUACCAUUCCUAACGUAACCACUGAUUUCCAUUGGGACUUGAUAAGUCUGGGCCUGGAGGAGCCUCUUCCAGCUCCAGAAGUGGUCGAGGAGCUCGACAACAUUUUCUUCGAAAAGGUGUAUCCUAUAAUGCCAAUCAUCCAUCGACCCCGAUAUUUCGCCAAUUUGAACCUCGCACCUGGCAUGCGACCGCCCAUAUGCCUCCGUUAUAUCAUGUGGUGCCAUGCGGCGUCCGUGACUGACAAGUAUUUUUCCUUGCACACUCAUUUCUACCAGCGAGCCCGAAAGUAUGCGGAGAUGGAAGAGAUGAAAGGGUUCGGAGAAUCGGUGGUUGGCCUAGGAUUCUGUCAAACGUGGAUUCUUGUAGGAGCCUAUGAAUUUCGGAUGAUCUACUUCCCGCGUGCGUGGUUGAGUGUUGGCAAAGCUACCAGACUUGCACUCAUGAUGGGUCUUAACCGUUUGGACGGAAUGGGGCUUGAUGUCAAGCAGGCUAUACUUCCUCCAAAGGACUGGACUGAGCGCGAAGAACGCCGACGCACCUUCUGGAUGGCCUUCUGCACUGACCGGUAUGCUAGCAUUGGAACCGGGUGGCCGGUGGUAAUUGAUGAACAGGAUAUCAUGACUAACCUCCCGGCUUCUGAAGAGUCAUUCGAGAAGAGUAAGCCACAGCGCACACUCCGCCUUGUUGACAUCGUGGCUGGCGAAGGUGUCUCUACCCUGUCGCCAUUUGCAUGUGUGGUGAUACUCUCAAGUCUCUUUGGUCGCAACAUUAUUCAUCUUCACCGACCCCAGGCGAAUGACAAUGAUCACGACUUGAAUGGAGAAUUCUGGAAGCGCCACAGGAGCCAUGACAACAUACUUCUGCAUAUUGCGCUGUCUUUGCCCGAACACCUUCGGCUCCCAAGCGGAAUGGAUGAUGUAAAUGUCAUUUUUGCUAAUAUGAGCAUCCACACAUCGACCAUCUGUCUCCAUCAAGCUGCCAUAUUCAAAUCCGAGAAGAACAAAAUGCCUAAUCAAAUUACCACCGAGAGCAAACGCAGAUGCCUUGUGGCAGCAAACCAGAUCUCCAGCAUCAUGAAGAUGGUUAGCCACGUGGAUUUAACACUUCUAAACCCAUUCAUGUCCUUCUGCUUAUACAUUGCAGCACGGGUAUUUGUUCAGUAUCUCAAGGCGCGACCUGAUGAUUCAUCCGUAUUCUCGUCGCUGCAAUUUGUUGUUGGAGCAUUGAACGCGAUGAAGGUCAAGAACCCGUUGACUGAAUCAUUCCUGGUCCAGCUCGAUGUUGAUCUUGAGGGGGUUGGAAUAAAGGCUAUUAAUCCUUCAAAAUUCAAUGUUGCCUACGCGUUGAAUGCAAAAAAAGCGUUCCCUCCUGACCCAGUCGAGUGUCCACCGAUAUUUUCCAUGGUUGCUCAGAAUGGCCGUGGACUGGAUGGGACGAAAACAGGCGGCUCUAACCAAGCUGCGAAUUCGACGGGCAUCAACACAUCUCUACCCAAUAGACAACGAGACUCUUUGAACCAAAUAUGUGCUUACAAGGUUCCCCAGAAUGACCACAUGUUCCCUCAAUCUCAGAAUACGGCUGGAUAUGCCAACUCCAAUGGUUCAUUAGGUGCCACCGAUAUUGACAUGGAUUUUCCGGCUGAUUUCGGCUUGGGCGAGAGGAAUCCACCAUCAGACCAUCCAACGCCGUCGACUUUGAACUCGUCAUCGAACACUUCUUAUGCAAUAUCGGGAUUCGAUGAUCCAUCGCCGGACCGGAAUCCACAGAAAACCACUGCCGGUCAAUCCAAACAAGGACUUGGGACUGUCUUCGACAAAAACCAGCCAGUGCACAUUUCCCCCGCAAGCUCAGGGUCACCUCAAAUAGGAGGACAAUCCUACCCCACAAACACUACUGGUCCUCUCACCGCGGGAUCUGGUAGUGCCUUUAACAUGCCUUCUGUUUGGGACAUGCCCACACCGAGCGCGGAUAUAAGCAACGUGGACUUUGGCGGUGUCAACGUGGAUGGCCUGAGCGACGCCCAAUGGGCACAAAUAUUGAGCAGCAGCGGCAACGCUGCUGGCUGGGAUUCAUGGCGUCCAUCUUGA